AUGCCCACGCUCCACCAGUACGACUACAUCUUCGCCAUCGGCCUGCUCUUCGCGGCGCUCGAUGCGUACAACAUCGGUGCCAACGAUGUCGCCAACUCGUUUGCGACGUCGGUCGCCUCCCGUGCUCUGACUAUGCGUCAGGCGACGGUCCUCGCGGCCAUCUGCGAGUUCCUCGGAGCUGUCCUCGUCGGUGCCAAGGUUUCGGACACGAUCAAGAACGGCAUCAUCGACCUGACGCUCUUCAAGGGCAACGCCGGCAUUGAGAUGCUCGGCUUCACGUGUGCUCUCGUCGCCUCGGCCACCUGGCUCAUGAUCGCGACCAAGAACUCCUGGCCCGUCUCGACCACGUAUUCCCUUGUUUCGGCUCUUGCCGGUGUCGGUGUCGCGACGGGCGGCGGUGAGGCUGUCAACUGGGGCUGGAACGGCGGCAAGGGUCUUGCGACCAUCUUCGCCGGCUUUGGUGUCGCGCCCGCUAUGUCUGGUGGCUUUGCCGUCGCCGUCUACCUUAUCACCAAGUUCGCCGUCCUCGACCGCGCCAACUCGGUUAUCAAGGGCCUGUACCUGUCGCCAUUCUACUUCUUCACCGUCAUCGCCGUCCUGACGAUGUCGAUCGUGUACAAGGGUUCCCCGUCGCUGAACCUCGACGACCUCCCCGAGGUGACUGUCGCGCUGGCCAUUGUCCUGACCGCGCUCGUGUGUGCCAUCCUCGCCGCGGUCUUCUGGCUCCCUUACGUCUACCGCAUGGUCGUCAAGAAGGACCACACUCUCCGCUGGUGGCACUUCGUCUACGGCCCUCUCCUCUGGAAGCGCCCCGACCCCGAGCCGCUCCCCGAGGGCGAGGCCGGCAACACUCUUGUCAAGGACUACCGUGUUGUCGGUCGCGACUCGCCCCAGGCUACCCCCGAGGGCCAGGUUGAGGACCCCGAGAAGGGUGGCGCGGAUGACAAGAACGCCACGACCCCCGAGAUCGAGGACACCCACGUCUGCACUUGCCGCCCCGUCGUUGGCCUCGCCGAGGUCGACCAGAAGGAGGAGACCAUCGGCCACAAGCUCCACCCCCGCAACGUCUGGAUCUGGAUCAAGGCCCUUCCUAGGCGCAUCCUGUCUGGCGCCAGCGUCGACAUCCACGAGCGCCAGGCGCAGAGCGGCGAGUCGGAGCGCCUCAAGAAGAUCCACGCCAUCGCCCACCAGUACGACAACGACACGGAGCACCUCUACACCUACCUGCAGGUCCUGACUGCGUGUGUCAACUCGUUCGCUCACGGCGCCAACGACGUCUCGAACGCCGUCGGACCCUUCAGCGCGAUCUACUACAUUUGGUCCACGGGCAACAACCUGGGCAAGAACGUCCCCACGCCCACUUGGGUGCUCGUCUUUGGUGCGGCGUUCAUCGUCAUCGGUCUGGCCACGUACGGCUACAAGAUCAUGGCCGCGCUCGGCAACCGUCUGACGCUGCACUCGCCCUCGCGCGGCUUCUCGAUGCAGUUCGGCGCCUCGAUCACCGUCCUCCUCGCGUCGCAGUACGGUAUCCCCGUUUCCUCGACCAUGUGUCUCGCCGGCGCCACUGCCGGUGUCGGACUUGCCUCGGGCGGCCCCAAGGCCGUCAACUGGAAGGCCUUUGGAUGGAUUGUCCUCGGAUGGAUCCUCACUGUCCCCGUCGCCGGCACGGCGGCCGGAUGCCUCAUGGGCCUCUUCAUCAAUGCUCCCCACUGGUAG